UGGAAGAGGACUAGACGUGAAGCUGCAAGUGGAAUCGAUUCUGCCGAUCCUUGUGGUGUGCGGAGAAGAUCCCUGAAUCCGGUUUUCUUGCAGUCUGCCCUCCUGUCCACACCUUUCGGCCCUCUCUGUGCAGCACCCCAUCUCUGCCACAUCAUCAUGCCUGCUGACUACAAUGGCACCUGGGUCAUGGAGGUCAAUGACAACUUUGAUGGGUACAUGAAGGCUUUAGACAUUGACUUCGCUACCCGGAAGAUCGCUGCUCAUCUGACCCAGACCAAAGAACUUAUUCAGAAUGGAAAUGAGUUUAAGACAAAGACUCUCAGCACAUUCCGGAAUUAUGAACUCGACUUCACUGUUGGGGUAGAAUUUGAGGAGAAGACUAAAGGCCUGGAUAAUCGGGUGGUGCAGACCUUGGUGUCCUGGGAUGGGGAUAAACUUGUCUGCGUCCAGAAGGGAGAGAAGAAGAACCGUGGCUGGACACAUUGGAUCGAGGGAGAUAAACUUUACUUGGACCUAACCAGUGAAGAUCAAGUCUGCCAUCAGGUCUUCAAGAAGAAGAAGUAAGAAAUGUUCCAGUUUAUCUGCAUACUGCCCUGUUUUUUCCUCAUAGUGUAGAAA